UUGAAAGGGGCGAGAAUGGAACUAGGGUUUACAGGCAGCAUUUUGAAGCGAAAUCUCUAGUGCGGAGUUCCAAAUGUUUGUUUGGGAUUAUGGAUAUAUUGUAUAUGCUGUGCUGGGUAGAAUGGAGCUGAACUGGAUGCAAGCAAGCAACGACGAGGAAGGAGCUGAUUGCGUACUUGCAACGGACACUGUGUGGAUGACUAGUUCAUUAGUGGGUGAUUUGUUCUUCCGCAGCUUGGCUUUUGUUCGUCGAUCAAUUCUUCCUUCUGCAGAUUCGUUUUCCUCAACUUCCACAAUUUUGUUGUUCUUCUUCCGUAACUUCCGCAGAGUUGAUCUUCUCAGUUUUUUCGACUUGUCUUGGCUUCGAUUUUACCUAUCGAUUUAUCUUUUUAUUGACCAUAUGGCUGAUUCUGGAGAUGGUAUUUCUUCGAUUGGAAGAUUAAUCGAGGAUAUAGAAUCCAGAGGCGAAAUCGUUGCACUUCCAUCCAAUUUUUUGGAUUCUUCUGUUAACUUCAGUGAAGACCAAAAUCUUGUUUGUACAACAGAAUCUCUUUCUUUCGGUACAACUGAACGUUCAUCUACUUUUGAGCCUAUUAAACUUUGUCAUGAUCCUGUUUCUGAUGAAAUCAUAUCAGUUAAGGAAGCUGAAUUUUCUGAGUUGAUCGGUAAAACUGUCUUUUCAGAGGAAGAAGCAUUUGAGUUGUAUAAUGAUUAUGCUUUUAGGAUUGGUUUUGGAGUUAGGUACUCUACUUUGAGAAAGAAGGCUGGUGGUUCUGGCUUAAGGGGUAGAGAAUUUUGUUGUACCAAGCAAGGCCUGAAACGAAAUAAAGGUGUUAUUGGAAAACAGUUUACAAAAGUUGAUCGUCGUACUGAUUGUAAGGCACGAAUUUAUUUUGAGAUAAAAGCUAGCGGUGAGUGGAUUGUUGUUAGGCACAUUAUGGACCAUAAUCAUGAGUUUUGCCCGAACUCAUUAGUUCAUCACGUUAGAUCUCACCGUUCUAUUUCUUCUAGUGAGUUAGAUUACUUGCACCAUUUGAAAAAUAAAGGGGUCAAGAUAGCUGAUGGAUUUCGAUGUUUGCAAGAGGAAGCAGGUGGAUCUCCUUCGGUUGGUUUUCUUUUGCGUGAUGCAUAUAAUGAAUUGACAAAACAGAUCAAGAAAUCUUUUGAUGGUUCUGAUGCCAAUACCUUGAUUAACAUCUUUAAGACUAGACAGUCAAAUGAAGAAGAUUUCUUUUUCUCUUUUGAGAUAGAUGUUGAUGGUUCUUUAGUCAGUUUUUUUUUUAGAGACAAAAAAAUGAAGGAAGAUUACCUAGCAUUUGGUGAGCUCGUUGUUCAUGAUACAACCUAUCGUACUAAUAAAUACGAUAUGAUAUGUGGACCGUUUGUAGGCAUUAACCAUCAUACUCAUACAUGCAUGUUUGGUUGUGGAUUUCUUCUCAAUGAAAGAAUUGAAUCUUUUGAAUGGCUUUUCACUACUUUUCUGCAUUCAAUGGAUUUUGUGCACCCGAAAACUGUUAUGACAGAUCAGUCAUCUGCUAUGUCUGCUGCAAUAGCUAAAGUCUUUCCUUCUUCGAAACAUCGUCUUUGUAUAUGGCACAUCAUUGAAAAUUCUAAAAAACAUAUACGAGAUUUGAGGAAUGACGAAGGCUUUCUGGAUUUAUUUGAUCAUGUUUUGAAACUCUGUCAGACUGUUGUUGAGUUUGAUUAUUACUGGAAUAGGAUGGUUUCUGAAUACAAAUGUUCUGAUAAUCCUUGGUUAACCAAACUCUACGAGAUGAGGGAGAAAUGGUGUCCAGCUUUUUCAAAAAAAUUCUUUUCUGCUGGAAUUUUGUCUUCACAACGAAGCGAGACCACGAAUAAGUCCUUAUCUAAAAAAUUGAAUGCAAGCUCAUCUCUUUGUGACUUCUACCAUUUUUUCAGUGAGUGUGUCAGUCAAUGGAGAAGUAAUGAGGGUAAAGAUCAGCAACGUUGUUGGGAUGGUUUUCCGGAAAUUGCCAUUCCUUUUGUUGGUUUGUUACAUAAAGCCUCCAAGGUCUACACGAUUGAUGCGUAUAAACUGUUUGAGAAAGAAUUUCUACGAGGUAUGUCGCUGAAAUAUGAACUUAGAUAUCAACAAGGUUCUUUGAUGUCAUAUUUGGUAUGGAUGCCUCAAUUAGAUCGAUUUUCACAUUGGGUUUCUUUUGAUGUGACAACACAUUUUGUUACAUGUUCAUGUCAGAAAUUCUCAGAAGUUGGUAUUUUGUGUUGUCAUAUUCUUCGUAUAUAUCAUAUUCACUGUGUAGAAGUAAUUCCGGAUUGUUAUGUUCUGAAACGUUGGACGCGUAGUGCAAAGUGUGUUCCAACUGAACAAAUUUAUGCUUCAUCUGGGACUUCUAAUGUUUUACCUUCUGUUUGGAGAAUGCAAAUGCAAAAGAAAUUUCACAAGCUUUUGUGCUCUAGUGAUUCUAAUUCUGCAGCAAGGCAUUUUUGUGAAGAAUCUUUUACAAAGUUGAAAGCGGCUGUUGAAGAGCAACUUGGAAGUAUUUAUUUUUCAGAUAGUGAAACUUCUACUGUUGGUUCGCGUUCAGCAAUAUCUAAUCCAAAGUCUUCAAGGAAGAAGGGUGAAAGAAAUGUGCGUCGUAAGAGUCUUAUUGAAAUCAAAUCAAAACAAAUCAAGCUAGAGCAAGGAAAAGGUCAUGUCAAGCUAGUACAACAUCUGCACCUGAUCAACCAAAUUUGUAGUUUGAUUUUCGAAUAUCUAUGUAGUCAUACUGCUAUGUUCACUCGUUUACUAGUGACUGAUGUCAUGUUUUUUAAUUACUCAACAUUUUUGUGUUGUUGCUCGGACCGUAUCUGUAUGUUGAUCAUUUAAAUAUAUGCUUUGGAAUAUUAUCAAGGUUCUCUGAAAUAUGAAAGCAUACAUCAUCAAGGUUC